GGGUGGAAUUCCCUCAUGCAGGAGUUUGCACUGGAUGCCUUUACAAAGCUGGAUACUCUGGUAAUAAUAAUAAUAAAAAGCCCCUACCCGGUGGAUGGGAUGGAGUCUACGGAUUGAGACCAGGAUUUAUUAAUGUGCAAAUUGCUCUGAUAUGAUCACAUACUUUCUGCUUUGCAUACGCAGGGAGCAGCGUGGGCUGAUGGAGUAGGAACUAGCCUGAGCGAUCUUUACGAGCUGAGAUCCUGCACAUCGCAGAAGGGUUUGUUUCUCUGCACAAAAGCUGGGACCCUGUCGAAACCUUCUUUAAAAAACAAGUGGCUAGAAUACUCAAAUGCACCAGACUUCUUCAUGAACUCGCCAUGAAUAUAUUUUUCAUUUUUUUUGGCAGAAACCUGUGUGUAACUUUCUCUGGAGGAACCGAGGAUUUUUGUAGUUGGUCUUCUUGUAUUUUAAAUCUGAGAACCCAGUAGAGUCUUUUCCGCAGUGAUGAGGGAGUGACAAGUUGGAGUUUCUGUCAGUGCACCUGGAAACUGUGAGCAGCUAACGCCUGCUGCUGAGCCCCAAUGGGAUUAAGGCCAAACUCCUGCACUCCUCACAGGGAUGAAGGUAGAGCCAUGUUACCUGCUACCUAAGCUCACUGCUGCUGAUGUGGUUUGUGGAUAUGGUCCCAGACCAGGCUCCGUGCACAGACUCUCAGCUCUGAUCCCACCUGAGACGUUUUAGCGGCAGCCUCUGCUGUGGAGUGGGCUCCCCCGAUCACCCUGUGACAGAGGGCCUGCAGCGCUGGAGAGUUACUAUGCAGCUUGGACUGCUUGUGGUGGUGGUUUUUCUAAGCUCGAUGGAUCUAACAGGCAGCAGCAAAGUGGUGAAGGGCAAGAGGCAAAGACGAAUCAGCACCGAGCUGAGUCAGGGCUGUGCCAGAGGCUGCGACCUGUGCUCCGAGUUCAAUGGGUGCCUGAGGUGUUCCCCCAAACUCUUCAUCCUUCUGGAGAGGAACGAUAUCCGACAAAUUGGGAUCUGCCUGCCUUCUUGUCCACUGGGAUACUUUGGCCUUCGCAAUACAGACAUGAACAAGUGCAUCAAAUGCAAAAUUGAGAACUGUGAGUCCUGUUUCAGUCGAAACUUUUGCACAAAAUGUAAGGAAGGUUUGUAUUUGCACAAAGGGAGAUGCUACAUCACGUGCCCCGAAGGCUACGCUGCUGCCAACGGCACCAUGGAGUGCAGCAGUCCUGCACAAUGUGAAAUGAGUGAGUGGGGGCCCUGGGGGCCCUGCUCCAAGAAGAGGAAGCUCUGUGGCUUCAAGAAGGGCAAUGAAGACCGAACACGGCGGAUUCUGCAGGCUCCCUCUGGAGACGUGUCCCUGUGUCCACCCACCACGGAGGUGCGGAGAUGCACUGUGCAGAAGAGCCAGUGCCCUGAAGGGAAAAGGAAGAAAAAGGAAGAGCAAGGAAAGCAAGAUAAUGGAAACAGAAAUCGGAAAGACACCAAAGACACUAAGUCUGGCACCAAGAAGAGGAAGAGCAAACAGAGAGGGGCCACGGUGGCCGUGACGCCUGCCAGCCCUGCCCAGUAGCUGGCCCUGAUGGCAAGACUCCAUUGCUGCUAUGUAUAUGAAAGCUUUACUGAACAGAGCACUGCUACACCACACCUACACAUGUCCAGACAGACAUAUACUCCAGACUGAUCCGGAGACCAACAGAGGCCACACACACAAUACUUCAGGAGGCUGCACCCACCCUGGCCCGGGACCAGAGGAGGACACUGCCCAGGAGUGGAAGCGCACACAGAGAGGGGAAGCCCACGGCCCCAGGGCUCUGCUGCAGGGAGGAGAGGUGGAGGAUGAGCCAGCAAAGGACACAGAUGUGAGAUUUCAUGACCAAAGGCCUCAACUGGAGCCUGAGUGAGUGGCCCCACACAGCUCCAGUGCAGACCCACAGAGCCAGGGGAUGACUGGACUCAAAUAGCCACUUGCCCCAACCCCGGACCCAGACACACAUGGCAGUGGCCUCUUUCUCUUCCCCAUACCCUUCGUGUUUUAAGCUGUAUGACUUUAUCAUUGCGAAUACAUGUUAAAAGUUUGUGGUAAGAGGUCAGUGGUAUCUGCCCCGAAUCUGCAUCUGCUUCAAAGAAUUAUUUCAAAUUAAAACAAACAAACAAGCAAACAAACAAAAAAACAAAAAGACAACCAGCUUCCUGAGUAUGUGGUUCAUACCUUGGCCCCUAUGGAGGCUGGUGUCCCACAGGACAGAGACUCAUUUGUGGAAGGGAAACUCACCAAAGCUUUAAGAAAAUCCCAGAGAAUUCUGUCAGCUGCACUGCAGCCACAAACCAGCUGUCCUGAGCAAAGGACCCCAGCUGUGCCCCGCCAAGCCCCGAGGAAUUCCCUUAUGGAGGAUCCAGUUAACACACAGCAGAUUGAGAAAAUGAGAGGUUACAGCGUACCACAGGUUGCCAAAACAUCGUGGCUCCACUCGGGCAGUCACAGCUGUGGGACUGUCGUGGGCUGGGGACACACUGGUCCAGCUACUGACACCACCCCAGCACAUGGCAGGAGGGAGGCAGGCAGGAGGGAAAGGCACAGCUCAGGUUCUGCAGAAGAGAAAUAAAUUUUGAGGUUGGGUUGAAACAACUUGUCUGCUUACCACCAGCUGGAAUUCUCUGGAUUCUCCUGCUCUGCACAAGCCGACAUCUGGACAGAGGAACCAGGACAAGGACUGUGCAGAACAGACCUAGCAAGGCCCACAUAGGGUGCAUGGGAAUGCUGUCAGCUCUGUACAGGGAGUUCUACCUUUGGUGAUGUCACAAAGUGCCACAUUGCUCACUGCCUCGCAUUUUAAAAUGUGCUUCCUUUGUAUAAUUAUGUGGAGACACAUUUAAUUCCUCCAGAGUUCAGCAAAAGCCCUCUGGUCCUGAGGGAUGGAGCUGGGGAGAUUCUUGGCUCCCAGAUGUGCCCUGGGUGGGUCAGGGACAUGGUGCUGGAGCUGCAGCUCCCCUGGGAGGGUGAUGGACAGGGGAAAGCUCACCCUAAACUAAACCUGGCGAAUCCUGGCUGCACUCACUUCCGUACCUCCCUCUGCUCUGUGGUUUUGGAGGGCAGAG